GUUCACGCGUCAAUGUCUUUCGAGUGCUGCGUUGGAGCGCUUGUUCGCCUGCUACACGUGUCAGCGCACCGUAUGCUCGUGACGUAUUGCCGUGCUAGUGUCGUAAGUUUAAUUCCAAUUCUACUUUUUCAUUCGUGCAUUUCGGCGUCUACAAUGGCAGAACACACUGUCGAAAAGAACGGUGACAUCGCAGCUGUUUCAGCAAAAGUGGACUUGGUUACGAGAAACCUCCAAGAAGUGCUCGGUGAAGCUCGAAUGAAUGAAAUCAUGAAGGAACGAGAUCUUAAAAUCUAUUGGGGCACAGCAACAACUGGCAAGCCUCACGUUGCCUAUUUCGUUCCGAUGUCAAAGAUCGCCGACUUUUUGAAAGCCGGUUGUGAGGUAACCAUUCUCUUUGCCGAUUUGCAUGCAUACUUGGAUAACAUGAAAGCUCCUUGGGCUUUGCUCGAACUCCGGACGCAGUAUUACGAGCACGUAAUCAAAGCGAUGCUCAAGUCCAUUGGCGUGCCUUUAGAGAAGCUCAAGUUUGUUAAGGGAUCCACGUACCAAUUGAGCAAAGAGUUUUCCAUGGAUGUCUACCGUCUGGUGUCUUUGGUGACUGAACAUGAUGCUAAGAAGGCUGGGGCCGAAGUUGUGAAGCAGGUCGAGCACCCUCUCCUUAGUAGUAUGCUCUAUCCAUUAUUGCAAGCCUUAGAUGAAGAGUACUUGCAUGUCGAUGCGCAGUUCGGUGGUGUUGACCAGCGCAAAAUUUUCACAUUCUCCGAGAAGUACUUACCUCAGCUAGGUUACGAAAAGCGUAUUCAUCUAAUGAACCCCAUGGUGCCUGGGCUGUCGGGUGGUAAAAUGAGUUCUUCGGAGGAAGAUUCCAAGAUUGACUUGCUGGACACCCCAGCAGCCGUGAAAAAGAAACUCAAGAAGGCUUUUUGUGAACCGGGAAACCUUGAGGACAAUGGUGUUCUCGCCUUUGUGAAGCAUGUGCUUGUGCCUCUUCAGAAAGGUACUAAUCUGGUAAUCGAGCGCGACGAGGCACACGGUGGUAACAUAGUGUACUCGAGCUAUGAACAGCUGGAGGAUGAUUUCAAGAACCUCAAGCUACACCCAGGUGAUCUGAAAGCCAUGGUUGAAGUGCAGCUGAAUCGGCUGCUAGAUCCAAUCAGAGAAGCCUUCAGUGAUCCAAAGCUUCAGAAGCUGACUGCCGAUGCUUAUCCACCUCCAACAAAAGCAGUUUUUGAUGAAGUCACCCCGCAGCGCCUCGACUUGAGGGUUGGCCGUAUUGUGGAAGUUAACGACCAUCCAGAUGCAGAUGCACUUUACGUGUCUCGUGUCGACCUUGCUGAGCCUACCGGUCCCCGUACAGUUGUCAGUGGCCUACGAAACUUGGUACCCAAGGAGGCACUUCUCAACCAGAACGUUGUUCUGCUUUGCAACUUGAAGCCAUCUAAGAUGCGAGGUGUGGAAUCACAGGCAAUGGUGCUCUGCGCAUCUGUACAGGAGCCACGACAAGUUGAGCCCCUAAAACCACCCAGCAACUGCAGUCCAGGAGACCGAGUAUUCAUUGAAGGCUACGAGGAUGCCAGCAUCCAGCCAGAUGGCCAACUAAACCCUAAAAAGAAGAUUUGGGAGAAGCUACAGGUGGACAUGAAGGUUUCUGCCUCACUUGUGGCUGAGUGGAGAGGUUGUGCAUUCAUUGUGAAUGGCAAACCUGUCACAUGUACUUCGCUGAAGGGUGCUCCUAUUAAAUAAGACUUCUUUGCCUUCUAAGGUGAUACAAUAAUUUAUACGGCCUAUACAUAAUUCAAUUGUGUUUUUGUGCAAUGCACAUUUUUGGGAAUGUAAAAAUGAAAGGAUGCCAUGGAAGUGCACUUCACUGGCAUCCAUUUCUUUGAAUGAGUAAAAUUAGAGAUGAGUUGCUGCGAUUAUUUUCGCCAUGACAGCAUUGAUAUUUAAGGUCAGCAAUAAUAGUUAUGGAGUUACUUUAUUUUAUUGUUUUCACAGCACCUGGGAACUAUACCAAAGGAGUGUACAUGUAUGCAUGUAUUGAAAUUUUGUACCCAUUACUACUCUAUAAGCCAGUAUAUUUUUGCAUGUAUUUUGUAUGAAAAUAUGUGUACUCUCAACAGUGUGCACAUGUUAUGGAAGUAGUUGUAUCACGAGUACAUUAUUAAUAAAGUGGCAUACUCCCAGGAACUGUUUAUUCUCAGCUGAUAAUUGGUGCUCAGGGAAUGAGGAAUGGUGAUUUGCUUUUUUGUGUGCCUAGGUAUGUAUUCCAAUGUACGGGAACCUAAUGCAUAAUGUAUGUGGCAUCUUGCACAUAGAAACACCACAUGAAAGGUUUACUGGUUUUAUGCCAAUCGCCCUCUGCUGGUUGCACAGUUCUCUAUGCUGGUUCCACAGUUUUUCUUCACACUAAAGGUAAGCAUUCAUUCAAGUUUGCAGAUUGGUGUACCAAAUUUUGGAGUGUCACAAUCAUUUUCAAAAAGGCUUGCUACUAACCAGCAGAGCACAACCUGAUAAAUUGCUAGUACCAUCCGAACUUCUGAUUAUAUCUACAUAGUGAAGCCCAUUGCAACGAGUGUUCUCAGUUCCAAAUGUAAUAUAGAGCAUAUAUCACCGAUGCCUUAGCUAAUCUUUUUUUUCAUUAAUUGGCAGAUAAUAAAGGAUGGCAUGAUCUGAUGCUUCAACAUCCUGUUUAUCAUUGGUAAUUUGAACUGAGAAAGUACAGAGUUGUCACAUACGACAUGACUGUUUCUACAACUAAAUCAUUGGCACAGAACUGAUGUCGCAAAAUGUGUAGCACAACAGAAUUCAUUCAUUCAUUGCUUGUGAUGUGCACUGUGGUGUGCUUCGUUGUGUAACAUACUGCUAUAGGUUAGUACAUUCAGUUUAACAUUAUGCAUGGCUUUUAUAAAGUGCAAGCUAGGCACCUCUUUUAUGCUUGCUUGAGGCCCAAAAGGGGUAAAAACGCAUAUUUUAUGAAAUCUCAACAUCAUUGUGGAACGAGUCCAGUACCUCCAAAGUACUAAUACGUUUCUGAAGAAAUUUUAAUACCUAACAUGAAUGGGAAUAUAGAGCAUAAUGGAAACUUAUUACCCGUCAACUCAUUGGCUCCUCUUGGCUGUGGCAGUGGCAAUAAUUAGGCUACGUCUGUUGCUUUUUUUUCUUUUGCAUUAUGCCAAUGCUAACACUUGAAGGUUUGUGUAUAACUGUGAAAAAUGAGUUGUGACGGGAAAAGUGGGAUACGUUGUUACUUUUUCAUUUUUUUUGAACAUCUGGAGGAAUGUUCACAUAUACGUGAGCUUUUGCACAUUGGUAAUUCAUGCUUAUUAGUGUUUUCUCUGUGGCUGAUGUCUAUAGGCUGCCCCACUUGCUGUGAUGUCAUUGAUGUCAUUCUUAAUGCUGCAUAAACUGGAAAAUAAUCAAUGCAAGCCUUGAAAGCUGUAGGAAAAAGCAAGCGACUUAUUCUGUAAAAUUUUAUUUGCUGCAUGCAGCAGAAGAAUGUUUCACUUGAAUGUUCACUGCAGCAUUUUGUACUCAUCAGAGACCUUUUUUUGUUAUGCAUGUGUUCAAAAUGUAUUUCAGUGCCUCUUUAGGUUGAGCAAAUAAAAAUUCGGCAGAUCCCACAUACCUAGGAAUCGGCGUUAGGUGAAGCAUGCGGAAAAAAAGUGAC